AUGAUUCCUUGUCGUGUAAAACGUAAACCGCCUCCAGCCAUCUCCGUCGCAGAACGUUUUCCCUCGCCGGACCCUUCUGAUCCGUUUGCGCCUCUCUGGGUCCUCAGAAGUAGAAUAGCUAGCCAACAAGAUCGCCAACAUUCUAUCGAGCUGAGUCAGGCAACACAAGCCACCCAACGUCUGUCGCCGGAAUAUCGUCUUUGUGAAGUUCGAGACGGGGAAAGCAGUGGCACUGAAAGCGAUACGACUGUGCCCCAUGUCAGGUUCAAACCUGUCCGGCGACCUUCUCGUGGCGGAUCUGUCAGGCAACCUUCUCAUGGCAGACAGAACUCUCAGAGGUUUGGUCGAUUCCUUGUGCAGAAGACGACACUGGACGACGCCACUACAGCAAACAAAGAGGAUUACAAGCACAUCCGUAAGGCCUUUAUAUCACGCCCUGUGGUCUCCAUGGUUCUUCAAGAGUCUAAAGAAAAACGUCUGGUCCCCGUGAGCGACUGCCCGAUGUACGAAACUUCUGGACCCAUUCCUGAGUCUUUGAACACAUACGAUGCUUGCAAUUCCGGGCGUUUAGGACACUCGCAAUCAUUCGACGCUGGUCGCGCCAAAUCCUCGCGCAAGCAGUCGCUUUCCUCCUCGAUCUCUGCCCCAUCAAAUUUCUUGAGGAAAAGAAGGGUCUCCAUCAAGCCAGCAGUAGCUUCCAGCGUACUUUCCGAUUCAUCCUAUGUCAACAUAUCAACUCCUUCCCCUGCACCAUCAUAUGAUCACUCUGUAGAAGAUGCUUUCACCUCCCCGCGUCCUGCACCAAGUCCUCCCAGCACGCCGCCUUUCCUCGCUGGGGAUUGUAAUAGUAGCUGCAAUGGCACUGGUUCUCUCUCCCAAUCAGAGUGGGCUAUUCCCCCGUUAUCACAACUCAGCCACGCUGCUUCUCUUUCCAUGUUCACUGAAAAUGGCGAUCGUAUUCUCUUCGGCUCCAUCUUCGCCCAACACCGCACCAUUGUCAUCUUUAUACGCCACUUCUGGUGCCCUCUCUGCCAGGAUUAUAUGUCGUCCCUCUCGUCUCUCGUGAAGCCUGAGAUGCUACAGUCAAACAAGGACUCAAUUCAGGAGGUGCAGUUGGUGGUCAUCAGCAAUGGAGCGCACGCCAUGAUUGGAAAAUACCGCAAGAUUUUCCAGCUGCCGUUCGAUAUAUACACAGACCCUUCGCUUGCGAUCUAUACCGCGCUGGGAAUGGGCAGGGACAAGGGUGGUCAUGCGCGAGAGCAUGGUCGUCGUCAUCAUGGCAGCAUCUCGGACGGUUUGGCGAUGAGUGCUCAUGGAUAUAUCGAAGAACAGGAAACCACCGGUGAUGAAGACUACGUCAAGCAUGGACUGGUAGGCGGGAUUGCCAUGGUCGUCGUCAGAGCCUUCAAAGUAGGCAUGCCUGUAUGGGAAAAGGGUGGUGAUAUUGGACAGCUUGGCGGCGAGUUUGUUUUUGGACCUGGAUUGACGUGCUCUUACGCGCACCGUAUGCAGAACACGAAAGGUCACGCACCUAUCAGAGAUGUGCUCAAAGCUGCUGGCGUUGUUUUGCCGUCACUACAGCCUCACCAAGAGAGUUGGAAGGUCCAUGCAAAACGAAGCGCGAACCAGUCAUUCCGACGACUGAGCGUCCGACGAAAUUCAACAAGCAAGAAUGGAACACUUAGGCGGGAUUCUCUAUCGGACGCACUGGCAGCGAGGAGAGCGAGUGAACAAUGGAUGGACAACAGACAAAAGAGUUUGGAAUUGUUACGGGAGAGGAAGAAUCGGCGGCGAGGCCACGGUUGUACCGUUGGCCUGUAUGAAAGUACCAGCUCAGGCGUGAGCGGCCUCUCGGACGAGUUUACGACGGAUGAGCGAUUUGGGGAUUUGACGAGGCAGUAG